ACAUUUCAUAACACAGCAUGACAUGUACGAGGUUGGUUAGCUUCAUGGCCUUGUUCCUUCUCCUCUUUGUCCUAAUCACCUCAAUUAGUGCACAAACACCAAUUUAUAUGUACAAUUUUUGCAACUCAACACAAAAAUCUCUAAGCACUUCAUACCAAUCCAAUGUUAACAACCUUCUUUUAUGGUUCAACUCUGAUUCUGCCACUGGAAAAGAAUCUAACCACACCACCUUAGGAAACAAUGAUGAUGCUGUUUACGGAAGCUAUGAUUGUCGUGGUGACAUCGCGGAUCAAUUUUGUCGUUUUUGUAUCAAUAGUGCUAUUAAUGAAAUUUCUCAACGUUGUCCUAAUGGUGUGUCAGCUGUAAUAUGGUAUGAUAUAUGCAUUAUUCGUUACUCGAACCAAAAUUACUUUGGAAAAGUUGUCGUAACACCGUCAUGGAAUAUUACUGGCUCCAAUAGCGUAAAGGACUCAACAGAAAUUGGGAAAGCAGUAGAUUUGAUGAGGAGUUUGAUGAGAAAGAUGACAGAAGCGAACCAAUCAUGGGCAACGAGUGAGUUGAAUUGGAGUGAUACGGAGAAAAGGUACGGUUUGGUUCAGUGUUCUGGAGACCUUAACAAUGAUGGGUGCACAGAGUGUUUGGAGACAUUGUUCGACAAAAUUCAUCUGUGUUGUGGGACUAAGGUAACAUGGGCUCUUGUAGCUCCAAGUUGUGGGAUUAGAUUUGAUGAUCAAUUGUUCUAUCAGUUAACUGAGAAUACAGGAUCUUCUUCUCCUGUGCCAAAUCCAGCCAAGAACGAAGGAGCAAGUAAGAGCAAAACCUUGAUCAUCACCUUAUCAAGUGUACUCGUGGCAGUAGCUUUAGUAUGUUUUUGUGUCUUCGUGAGAUUAAGAAAAGGUGGAUUGAUAUUCAAGAACAUUCCUAAUGCAAUUCAUGAUCAUGUUCAAAGAGAUGAUUCAUUGGAUGGAGACCUUCCAAUAAUCCCUUUAACAGUAAUUCAUCAGAGCACUAAUUAUUUUUCCGAGUCGUCUAAACUAGGGGAAGGUGGAUUUGGCCCUGUUUACAAGGGUACUUUACCAGACGGGACAGAAAUUGCGGUAAAAAGGCUUGCAGAAGCAUCUAAUCAAGGUUUAGAGGAGUUUAAGAAUGAAGUAAUAUUCAUAGCUAAAUUGCAACACAGGAACCUUGUGAAGCUAUUAGGUUGCUGCAUUGAAGAAAAUGAAAAGAUAUUAGUAUAUGAGUACAUGCCAAAUUCAAGUCUUGACUUUCAUCUUUUCAAUGAAGAAAAACAUAAGCAACUAGAUUGGAAAUUACAACUAAGCAUUGUAAAUGGAAUCGCAAGAGGACUACAAUACCUGCAUGAGGACUCUCGACUUAGAGUCAUCCAUCGAGAUCUGAAAGCCAGCAACGUUCUUCUGGACAGUGAAAUGAAUCCAAAAAUAUCAGAUUUUGGUUUGGCAAGAAAAUUUGAAAGCGGACGAAUUGAGACAAAAACAAAAAGAGUUGUUGGUACCUACGGAUACAUGGCUCCAGAAUAUGCUAUGGUUGGAGUGUUUUCAGUUAAAUCCGAUGUUUAUAGCUUUGGAGUUCUUAUAUUAGAAAUCAUUUAUGGAAAAAGAAAUGGUGAAUUCUUUCUCUCCGACCAUAGGCAAAGUCUUCUAUUACAUACAUGGAGACUUUGGUGUGAAGGAAAAUGCUUGGAAAAAAUCCAUCCAAUCCACAAAGAAUCAUACAUUGAAAGUGAAGUAAUGAAAUGCAUACACAUAGGUUUAUUGUGUGUACAAGAAGAUGCAGCAGAUCGACCAACAAUGUCCACCGUUGUUGUCAUGCUAGGUAGUGACACAAUAACCCUUCCAAAUCCCAAGCCACCAGCAUUUUCAGUGACAAGGGUUUCCGAUGAAGAAGGUACAACUUCAAAAAGUUCUAAAGAUAAUUAUGUUAAUGAAGUACCAAUAACUAUCGUCUCCCCUAGAUAGUUUAUAGCCCGAUUUGAAUAUAUGUAUAUAUUAUGAGAAAAAGGAAAGUCUUAGAACAUGCACCUAGAUUUUCUUCUGUAACUUUUAUGCUUUGACUUGUUCUAAAAGGUUUCAUUUUGAGACAAAAACACACAAGGUUUGUACAAGUUCGUUUUACAACUCGAAAUACUUCUUCACCCUCACUUUAAGGAAUAACGCUAAUGACGACAAAUACAAACACUUGACUUA